UGGGGUGGCUCAGCCUCUUGGAGAAGCUGGGAGAAGGAAUCAAUCCGUCUAACUUGUCUUUCCAGACAGCAGGAAGGGAAAGAAAUGGAGGUCAGCUGCUGACUGGUCCCCAGCCCUCCUUCCAGGCUAACUGACUUCUACAAAGGGAAUCCAUGAGACCGACCACAUAGACAAGGACCCACUCCAGCUCACACAGACUCAAGAGAAAAACGCUGAGACUCUGCCUUGUGACUGGGAAGAUGGGUAGGGAGGACCCUCGGGUUCUGGAAUCUGAGGCCAGCCUAGAGAGCACAGAUAGACCCCACAUCUUACAAAAGCAAAACACUACAGAAGGACUUCGGGGUGGGGUUAAAUGAGCAGAGAAGAUGGAGGUCCUGAAGCAGCCUACUUUAUCUUCUUUAAGUAGUGGAGUCUGUCUGCACAUGGGGACAGAGCUGCAGUCAUGCAAUGCAAGGACACUGGAAACAGAAAUGUCUAAACCAAAGGAAGGGAAGAAGAUGACGUCUGGGGAAAGGACUAAGGUGGAUACACGUCAGCAGACUACAUUUACUAAAUAGACUUUAAAUUCUCUGUCUCACAAAGUAAUCCUUUUGCACGGUCUGUGGAAGUUAUGAAGAUGGCACGUGUAUUAAAGAACAAAGAAACCAAGACGGGCCUGAUGACUCAUGCUUGUAAUCCCAGCACCCAGGAGGCAGAGGCACGUGGAUCUCUAGGAAUUCAAGGCCAGCCUGGUCUACAUAGAGAGCUCCAGGACAGUCAGGGCUGCACAUCGAGACCCCGUCUCAAAAAAAGCAAACAAAUAAAGGGGGCGGGGAGGACACAAGAUGUAAGGGCAGUCUCUUCAGCAAACAGGCUGGAAACAAAGUUUACUGUCACAUGUAGUACUCUGCCCAAACAGACCAAAGGUGUACACAUUAAAAAGAUAACAACAACCACCACCAAUAGCAAAACCAUGGAGAACACAGAGCAAUGAUUUAACACAAGCAAAAACAGACAAACAUAGUAACUUCAGACUGCAAAGAAUCAAUGCAGCAAAGGAGUCUGUCCAGUCAAGACAACCACAAAAAAGGGAGAAAGCAUCUGUCCUAAAGACUGAGCUCAAUGCAGUGAAGAAGCAGACUGAUUGGAAAGUGGGCAAACGACUCAUGGAGGUACUUCUUCCAAGAAGAUAUACAAAUGACCAAGAAACACAGAAAGGUUGACAUCAGCAAUCAAGAUUCCACCUCAUAUCCACUAGCAUAGCCUCUAUAAAACCCAGAACAUUAUAACAAGGUUUACCCAGGAUGAGGGAAAAGAGCAGUGCACGCUGUGGAGGACUGAUAAAUAAUACAAGCACGAACAAAGGCCAUUGCAAAGUUUGCUCAAACAAGUAACUGUAUCUGGACAGUGAUGGUGCACUCAGGAGGCAGGCAGGCAGAUCUGAGGCUAGCUCCAGGACAGUCAGCGCUACACAGAAAAUCCCUGUCUCAAAACCUAAGGGGCGGGGGGAGCACGAAGCACUGGAUAUGACUCAGUGCUUAAGAGUGGUUAUUGCUCUUGCUGAAGAGCCAGCACCCAUCUACCCACAGCUCACAGCUCACAACCAUCUGUAUCUCUAGUCUUAGGAGAUCCAACAGCCUCUCCUGGCCUUUGCAAACACCAGGUACAGGCAAAACAUCCACAUCCAUAAAAUAAAAAUGAGAAAUCAAGAGCUACCAUUUUAUCCAAUCAUCUCACUUCUGGAUAAAGACCCAAAGAAUUGCAAUUAGGAUCUGGAAAGGAUAAAAUUGCCUCCCUAUGGUCAGCACAACUGGGAUAUAGAGUUGAUAUAUACACGGUUGGAUAAACUGGCAAACAAAAUGUAACCCAUUGGAGUAGUCAACUUAGAAAGGAAGGUCUAUGUAGAAAGUUUGAGGUCACCCUGUGGCACAUGAGGUCUAGACUCAUGACAGAAAAAGAAAUUCCGACAUAACAGGUGUACUGCCCUUGACUUUGUGCUCUGUUAAAGAAGCUGUACACAAAAAGGGAGAUCAAGCCUUGCGUUAGAGACUCAUUUCCUCCACGAAGAAAAGCUAGCUGGGUCAGGUGAUUUUUCAAAGCCUGAGCUGUUGGAAAAAAAAUCUCAUUUCUGAGUGAUAGAAGGUGCAACCACAACUCGCCCUUAAACCUGGGCACCCGGGCGGAGCUUCAACACCUCCCCCAGGGGCGGGGCCCUGGAACGAGGAGUCGCGUCUUGACGCACAGUGACGAGAGACGCCGGCGCCGCAGCAGUGGGUACGGGCGGGACGGCGCCCCCUGCGGCCGAGCCGCGGGCUCGGUGAGGGGUGUGGGGUGCGGGUGGGUAGCGGGCAGGGCCGGCGUGGCCCCAUGCUGCUGCCGCUCGCCUGCCUGCAUGGGCGGGUGGCGCAGUGCCUAACCUCCCUGCUGGUGCUCGCAGAGCCGUUUCCCAGGCCCCGUCGCGGCGCGAAGGCGCGCGGCGCAGCACCGACCAGUGCGGAGCCCGCCCCGGCAGUAGCGAAGAUGGCCGCGGAACUGUACCCGCCCGCCAGUCCCUCUGCAGCUACUGCCACCGACAUCGCCAACAGCAACGCGGCAGGCGCAGCCGAGAGCACGAAGGUCGGGCUUUGCUGCCCGCCCUGCCUGGCACCCGCCCCGCUGCCGCCCUUGCCCGCGCCGCCCUUGCCAGACAACAACAAUCCCGAGAGCCCCAACUGGCAGUCCUUCCAUCCUACGCUGCGCGAGAGUAUGUCUUGGCUGUCGGCAGCUCCGUCUUCUAUGCCAUGUUCUACGGGGAUCUUGCGGAAGUGAAGUCAGAAAUCCACAUUCCCGAUGUGGAGCCUGCUGCCUUCUUGGUCUUGCUAAAGUAAGUGCUGUGCGCUGGGUCUGGAAGGAUGGGGUGGUUACCUUCCAAUGGUCCCCUACCUGUUUGCUACAACCCCAGAGGUUGUGCAGGGGAGCCCUUGCAGCUCCCCAGGAGAGCCCCUGCCUUACGCAGGUACAUGUACAGCGAUGAGAUCGACCUGGAGGCGGACACAGUGCUUGCCACUCUGUAUGCUGCUAAGAAGUACAUCGUGCCUGCCCUGGCCAAGGCCUGCGUCAACUUUCUGGAAACAAGUCUGGAAGCCAAAAAUGCUUGUGUCCUGCUGUCCCAGAGCCGACUGUUUGAGGAGCCUGAACUGACCCAGAGAUGCUGGGAAGUCAUUGAUGCACAAGCUGAAAUGGCCCUGAGGUCUGAAGGCUUCUGUGAAAUUGACCGGCAGACACUGGAGAUCAUUGUGACCAGGGAGGCCCUCAAUACCAAGGAGGCUGUGGUCUUCGAGGCCGUCCUGAACUGGGCUGAGGCAGAAUGUAAGAGACAGGGCCUCCCAGUCACUCCUCACAACAAGAGGCAUGUUUUGGGAAGAGCCCUCUACCUGGUCCGAAUUCCAACUAUGACCUUAGAGGAGUUUGCCAAUGGUGCCGCCCAGUCAGACAUCCUGACCUUAGAAGAGACCCACAACAUCUUCCUUUGGUACACUGCUGCCAAAAAGCCCCUCCUUGACUUCCCCCUGACCAAGAGGAAGGGCCUUGCUCCACAAAGGUGCCACCGCUUCCAGUCUUCUGCCUACCGAAGUAACCAGUGGAGGUACCGUGGACGCUGUGACAGCAUCCAGUUUGCAGUGGACAGAAGGGUGUUCAUUGCUGGGCUGGGCUUGUAUGGGUCCAGCUCUGGGAAGGCUGAGUACAGCGUCAAGAUUGAACUCAAGCGGCUAGGGAUGGUCCUGGCUCAGAACCUCACCAAGUUUGUUUCAGACGGAUCCAGCAACACUUUCCCAGUCUGGUUUGAGCACCCGGUCCAGGUGGAGCAGGACACCUUCUACACUGCCAGUGCUGUCCUGGACGGCAGUGAGCUCAGCUACUUUGGGCAAGAAGGAAUGACAGAGGUGCAGUGUGGGAAGGUAGCCUUCCAGUUCCAGUGCUCCUCAGACAGUACCAAUGGGACUGGAGUUCAGGGUGGACAGAUUCCAGAGCUCAUCUUCUAUGCCUGAGGCGUAAGGUUGGAGUGGACUUGCCACCAGGCUCUUCCUCCAUAGAGUCCACACAGUAAGUGCAGUGGAGGUGCAGGACACUUCCAGCUGCCUUACUGAUACCAUUCAAGGCUUGGCUUUCUCUAUCAGCCAGAGUCUGAAACUUGACUUCUCACAGCCCGUGUCCGCUGACCCUAGACAGCAUUCCACAGGUGGAAGGAAGACUUGGGUCCAAGGUCGUCCCCGAUCCCUGCCAGUGACACCCAAGCUUCAGGACCCUUGGAUUUCCCUCCCCCUUUGGAUUCUAAGUGAUUUCAGCCUACGUUGAGGCCUCCCAUUCAAGCCACAAAUUGCUGAAAAGUCACUUAAAAUAGUUCCAUCCUAUUUAAGUGAAUUUUCGUAAUAAAGGUUUCACAGAACAAGAACCAAAUGUAGAUAAGUGACUGUAGGAAUUAAGUGGGGCACUCUCUUUCUCAAUUCCACUGAGAAGACCGUCUUGUCUGAGAGUCUGCAGUGUAAAGCUGUUGGAAUCAAACCAUGUCUUAGGGAAGUCAUCUAUCCCAAGAUGCCUGCGGCUCCUGGGCUGGCUUCUCUCAAAGGCUGCAGAACUCUGCAGAAGGUGGCACCUCACGCUCUAUUGCAGGGUUAGAUUUUAAGAGUGGGCUAUGUGCUCUGCUGCCUGCUUGCUGUGGGCCACUAGCAGGGCAGUGGUCUCUGGGGCAAGAGCAUGUGCCUUAGCCCAGUGUGCCUAACAGCAGAGGCUUGGCCCUGUUGGGACCCUCUGCUGUGGCCUCACGUGGUACUUCUACAUGAGUUGAUGCUUCAGAAACCAUAAAAUCCCCAUCUUUGCACAUGGCAAGGACCAUGGCUAGACGGCAUCUGUUCUUGGAGCGUCCCUCAGUUGUGAGAAGACCCCUGCCUUUCUCACGGUACCUGCUUCAAACAGUACAGAUUCCCAACAUGAAGCACUGUACUCUU